CGGUUCGUUUCCGGACUCUAGAUAAACCAAGGAACGGUUCAUUUCCAGAUGUCAGCUGAUUAAACUCAUUUCUGUCUGCUUGCUGUUCGGAAGAAAUAUGUCCGGAAAAGACAGGCUACCCAUUUUCCCUUCUCGGGGUGCCCAGAUGUUGAUGAAGUCACGUCUGGCUGGAGCACAAAAGGGACAUGGAUUGCUCAAGAAGAAAGCAGACGCGUUACAGAUGAGAUUCAGAAUGAUUUUAGGAAAAAUCAUUGAGACAAAAACUUUGAUGGGGGAAGUAAUGAAGGAAGCAGCCUUUUCAUUGGCAGAGGCAAAGUUUGCGACAGGUGACUUCAAUCAAGUGGUACUUCAAAACGUAACAAAGGCGCAGAUUAAAAUUCGUUCCAAGAAAGACAAUGUUGCUGGUGUGAAUCUUCCAGUUUUUGAAUCUUAUACAGAUGGUACAGAUACUUAUGAAUUGGCUGGGUUGGCUAGAGGUGGUCAACAAUUGGCUAAGUUGAAGAAAAAUUAUCAAAAGGCUGUUAAGCUGCUCGUUGAGCUUGCAUCUUUACAGACAAGUUUUGUAACUCUGGAUGAAGUUAUCAAGAUCACAAAUCGACGUGUCAAUGCCAUUGAGCAUGUUAUCAUCCCGAGAAUCGAACGCACAUUAGCAUACAUUAUUUCAGAGUUGGAUGAGCUAGAAAGAGAGGAAUUCUAUAGGUUGAAGAAGAUCCAGGAUAAGAAGAAGAUUGCCAAGGCAAAGACCGAAGCUGCACGGUUAGCGAGUAUCGAAGCAGGAAAGUACGUAGAUGUGGCAAACAUGCUCGAUGAAGGUGAUGAAGAUAUACUCUUCUAAAAAUUGUAAAUAACUGCACUGAAAUACUUGGAAAAACAUAGUGUAGGGUAUAUCGCGUCAGAGACAGGAUCUUUGGACAUGUAUGCUCUGUGCCAUGAUCUCCAAUACAUCAAAAUCGAUGAAAACUUCAAAUAGAUUCGUUAUAAUCAGACAAUACCUAAGAGCUGUUAGUGAAAGAAAGAGAAACAGGAUUGCGUAUUAAACACGAUACUCAGUUCUUCUGGUCGUGGCUUGUAAAAUAUUUCCAAGAUGUUUGGUACUGAUUUUCUGUCCCAAUAAGUCUGAUCGUGACAUGUAUAUCCAAUAAAAAUCAUGACAGAUAAACACCAAAUGUUUCAGGCAAGAGUCCAUUGAUACUUCAUAUUCCCACAGAUACUCAGCUCUAUUUCUUUUUCUGCUCUUAGCCAGCCUUUGUAAAGUACAUUCACCAGUAUAACUUCCCUAGUAGUCUCUGAUCAAAAAGCUGUUAGCUCCCUAGCUUUUUUUUCACAGACUCAUCGCCAGAUUCAGUACUCUGGUAGCCAGUUUAUUACAGUUGAUUUAUUGUAAAAAGCAUCGAGUAUUAGUUUCUCUACUAAUAUUUUUAGUUUCACGGUGUACCCGCGAACACCCAACCGUGCGAUUCCACCAUGAUACAAUUUCUGCUGACAUGGUUAAAUUUAUGUCAACUACCAAGAUUACAUUAUCGUAGUAGUUUGCGAAGAUCCAGCUAAAAGUAUUAAUGAGAUGCGAUGUGAUAGUAAUAAGUUUACCUUAAAUAUAUGCGAUACGAUAUUAUACCACACCUUGCUACAGUUUCCUAAACUACAUCAAUUAUCGGCGCAUAAGUGAAGUGGAUACACUAUUUAGGUUUAUUGCAAUUCGUUUGUAGUAUAUAGAUAUAUAUUCAUUUUAAUGCUUAGAAAAAUUAUAUUUAAUUCUAGAACAUAGGAACAUCAUAUAAAUUACUUGGAACGUAAUGAAAAAAAUAUAUGUACACGUUAGUAUUCAAUAUGUAUGUGGUUUUGGCUUAAUCUCUGUACCUAAAUGUAUAAAGUGAUUUAUAAUUAGCCUA